CCCUUUCUUCCUAAAACAUUAAAGACGAAGAAAAGAUAUCUAUCGUCUUAGGUACGUUGAACAUAUUUAUGUGGCCACAAUGGAGAUCAAGGCUGGAAUUUUUGUUAUCUUAUUAGGUAUAGCCUUGCUCUCUACCGGAGUGGAAUGCAUCCCUCGUGGUCGUGGCCACACACACACUAUUUUCGACGUUACCAAAUUUGGGGCCAAACCCGAUGGCAAAGGAGAUAGCACAAUGGCAAUGAUCAGAGCGUGGAACAAAGCAUGCCAUUCUAGGGGGGCGGCUAAGGUUGUAAUUCCACGAGGAACAUUCCUCGCAGGAGAGGUUGUGUUCCAAGGACCCUGCACUGCUAAACGCAUUGUGAUUGAAAUUAAGGGAACCAUGGUGGCCGACAGCGACCUUAGCGUCUACACUUCAAACUAUUGGUUUAUCAUCGAACAUGUUGCCGGCGUGGAAGUCACCGGCGGAGGAACCAUCAACGGCCGUGGAGAGGAUGUGUGGCAAUUCGACGCAGACGAAAAAAUUAAGAAUGCUCCUCUUCUUCCCGUUUCUCUCAUCUUCCAAGGCGUAAACCGGUCCGGCAUUCAUGAUAUCAAGUUUGUGAAUAGCAAAGGGUUCCACAUGAAAGUGUCGGACUGCAAUGAUUUUAAUGUUUCGAAGCUCCGCAUAACCGCUCCCGGAGACAGCCCAAACACCGACGGCAUCCACAUUAGCGGAUCUACCAACGUUAAUGUUACUGAUCUUGUGGUGGGAACGGGUGAUGACUGCGUUUCCAUUGGCGAUGGCACCACCAAUCUUCUUGUCACUAGGGUCACUUGUGGCCCUGGACAUGGCAUCAGUAUUGGAAGCCUUGGGAAGCGGGCACAAGAAACUGACGUGAAAGGAGUAACGGUGAGAAAUUGCACACUAAUAGGCACCACAAAUGGGGCAAGAAUCAAGACGUAUCGUGCAUCGCCACAGCUCAAGGCUUCUGGCAUUAUUUUUGAAGAUAUAAUGUUGCACAAUGUUACUCGUCCCAUCAUUAUCGAUCAAGACUACAACUCCAAAAACCGAAAAGAGGCAUCGAAGGUGAAGCUGAAAGAUGUCCGUUUCCGCAACAUAAGAGGAACGGCGUCUAAGAAACAUCCGGCGAUCUCCCUCAUUUGCAGCCAAACAGUUCCCUGUGAAGACGUAGAAUUGGCGGACAUUGAUAUUGUAUCGGCGGCGGGUAAGGGCGUCCACCUUAAACCAAACAAAUGCGUCAAUGCCGAAACAAUUGUAAAGGGGAAACGAAACCCAGGUGGUUCCUGCGGCUAGCUAGCUAGAUUCUGUCAUGUACUGUAACACCACGCUCCGAUCCAUCUAUCCCUAUCCAUAUAUCCUUACUCGGGGAGCCCGGAAGAAAGGGGUUGCCGCCCCUCCAAUUAUUUGUAUGAAUAUAUAUAUAUAUUAUUUCU